AUGACAGAAGAAGACCUUGACGCCCUUGCCGAAAAACUGACAUCUGCAAUCCAAGGAGCAUAUAGAGGCUCUGCUAAGAGAACCCUGACACAAGGCAUAGGACAACCUUGGUGGAAUGAAGACUGCAAGAAAGCUUUACACAACUACCGCUCAGGCCUCUGCUCAAAGGCAGACUUCCGCAGGAUAACUAGAUGGUCUCAACGACAAUUUUGGCGAGAGAAGCUCUCUACGGUUACACAAAUGAAGGAUGUCUUUGAUAUGAGUAAAUGGCAUAAGUCCACAGGCACCCUCCGAAGCCCUCCACUUAAGGAUCCACUGAGACCCAACAGCUUCCCAGCAGUUGCUACACACGAGAAACGAGACGUACUAGUCCGCAAUCUCCUCCAAAACUCAGCUGAGGCAGGAGACAUACCGCUGGACUCCCCAGCAGUCCCUACCACUAGUCUCUACUUCCCAGACAUAUCAAUGAUACAGGUGGAGGAGUCAGUACUUCAGGCAGGAAACACAGCCCCUGGCGCAGAUGAAAUCCCAACCUGCAUACUCAAAGUGGCAUGGCCUUUGAUUAAGGAUAAGACCGAUUGGUCCUCACCUAGAUCAUACAGACCAAUUGCCCUCCUCUCAGUCCUGGGCAAAGGACUUGAGCGCUUGGUGGCACGGAAUAUGGCAUGGACCUCUAUACACCACAAAGUAUUAGCAAGGCAACAGUUUAGGGCUCUCCCACUAAGAUCCGCAACUGACCUAACCACAUGCCUGACACAUGAUGUCGAACAAGCGCUAAAUCAAGGUAUGACUGCCUCACUCCUCACCCUAGAUGUCAAAGGUGCCUUUGAUGCCGUGCUACCCGGCAGACUGAUCCGCAGAUUACGUGAGCAGGGCUGGCCUACUAAUCUCGUUCUCUGGAUUGCCUCCUUUGCCACUGGACGAUCAGUCCAGAUCCGACUCGAUGGAGAGAUUGGCCCCUCAACAGACAUUGCCUGCGGUCUUCCACAAGGAUCCCCAGUAUCUGGCAUCCUUUUCAUGCUCUACAUAGCGCCUCUAUUCCGUCUAGGAAACCCAAGGAACAGAUUUGGUUACGCGGAUGACGUAGCUAAUCUAGCGAUCUCGACAUCUCUUGCUACUAACUGUGUAGCCUUAUCAGACUCGCUUCAAGAAGCUCUUAACUGGGGAGCUGCAGAGGGCAUCACAUUUGCACCAGAUAAAUACGAGCUUCUUCACUUCUCCCGACAUAAAGCAGACCAGGACCCAACCCGCACACCUUCAGUGAAAGCUGGAUCUAUUACAAUAUCAGAAAAUACUAAAUGGCUAUAUCUACAAUGGCUAGGAAUCCUCUUUGACAAAAAGCUAACAUUUAAAUGGCACAUUGGAGAAGCAGCAUCUAAAGCUCUCACUAUAGCUAAUGCCCUUCGCUCUCUAGGGAAUACUGUCUGA